AUGGUGCCGACAAUCUUCAACGGACUGGCACUAUGCAUUUAUAUGUUAUGCGCGUGGGUUUUAAUUUCGUAUUAUUUGCCUUGCUUAGCGCAUUGCAUUAAGUUUUUUUCUUGGGAGCAAUGCGCGCACUCUUCGGUUAAUAACAUUUUGAGGAUGACGGGCGUCCACGGACUUAGCGGCUUCUUGUGGGUAUUUGGAAGUUACAGGGAGUACCAUAUUCUGUACAACUGGGUAAUUGUCACUGCUCAGCUAAUUGUGAUUAUGUGCGCAUAUAUUAUAUACGCCAAUAUGCUAGCUGGCUUUUGUAUAUGGCAAUGGGAUCUUAUAUGUUGCGGUAUUCUGCUCUGUGGUUUUGGUUUGGUAUUAAUAUAUUUGCUGGAGAACAAGAAGGUUAUCGGAAAUCCGGUGAUAAAAAACUUCUUUAAUGCAUUUACAGUCCCAAAUGGUAAAUUGUAA